UCCGACACCAAUAGCGUACAUCGACACGGAUCUUAACUCAACUGCGAGGGAAGUACGGAAAUGGAAAGAACGCCAGUUCAGCGAAGGGCCAGUUGUGUGCGGGCCAUCAUAAGCAGCGACGACUGGAACCACGAGUAGAAUAGCACGAAUUUUGCCCAUCAGUGUGAAAAAGGUUGUGAACUUUUUCUACUCAAAGUGUUGCAAAACUAGUAAAGUGUGACGGGGCUGUCGGCACUACCAAGCAAUUUGUGUUCGGGAAGGAAGAUAAAGUGUUUGUGCGAAGGUUUUCACACACGCACAGAAAAAAAAAGUGUGCCCUCAUCAGAAGAUAGGCCAAAAAAAUGAAAUCAGUGAAAUUAGCAUAAGCAUCUUUGUGUACGUGCACGCGUUUGAGUGUAUUAGUGUGUGUGUGUGUAUAUUGUGAUUGGGAAGCCAGGCUUCAAACCAGCGUUUACUAGACCAAGACCAAAAUCGUGCUAAAGUGCUAGUCGAAGAAAAAAUCAAUUAUCUGCAGCGGCCUCACGCAGCAGCUGGGUUGUUGGGGAGGUUGUGGUCGAGGAAAAAAGUUGGCACCAGCUGCAACCCAGCAGUGAGGGUUACCGCUAGCCUGAAAUCAAUAACCCAUCCGAUUCCACUGGACCACUUGGGCCGCAGUUUGGUAGUUGGUUGGGUUCGGUCGGUGUGCAAUAAAAUGGUACGACUAAGUUAGGGGUUGCUGUCGACCUAGCCCGGGAACUCAAUGUCGCCAGUAGCGAAAGAAGCAGCAGCCGAAGCAGCAGAAGUAGCACCAGCGUCAACAGUAUCGUAUCCUCGACGCCACCGCCACCGAAACCACGGAAAGGCGGAAUCUUCGUAACCUUUUUCUUGUGCGCUUCCUUCACCUCUAGCGCACUUCUCCUUCGCUCUCGCUCUCUAGGCUCUCUGUUUUCUCUUAACAUUGUACGCAAAAAGGCACGUGUGCGUGUGAGCAGCAAAAACCCAAACACACCAGCCUACAAUAUACGUAUUGUUUCUCGGCUCUCCGGUGUGCUCUCUGUGCCGCACACUGUUGCAUUUGAACGCGCCGCUUACAACCGACACAAAAAGAAAAACGGUUCCGAAAUUUCCUCCAUCAUCAUAUGGUACGAGCUUCUGGUAACCCGGGUACCGGCACCGUGGGUUCCAGUUUGUCUGCGCUAGGAAAGGAUUAGCUGGCGUCGAACGUCAGCACUGCGUCUGCUGAGCCGUUUUCUAUUAGGAUAGGAGCAUUUUUCAAUUCACCGCAGACCAUGGAUCGAAGGCAGUGGGUUCUAAUUCCUCUAGCACUGGUAGGAGUGUUCUGGUUUUGGAUUCCACAGGUUUCCGCAGAGUGUCAAACACGUUCCAUCUACUGCUACGAGUGUGACAGCUGGACGGAUGCGCGAUGCAAGGAUCCCUUCAACUAUACCGCCCUUCCCCGGGAUCAGCCCCCGCUGAUGACCUGCAAUGGAUGUUGCGUCAAAAUGGUGCGCCAUUCGAGAACACCGUACGAGGUCGUGAGGCGGAUGUGUACGUCACAGUUGCAGAUCAAUCUGUUCAUGGUAGAUCAUGUGUGUAUGAUGGAAAGUUCUGGCAAUGGCCAUAUGUGUUUCUGUGAGGAAGAUAUGUGUAACUCCAGUCCCUCCAGCUUGCUCACCGCAAACCAACACUGGCACACCGUGCACACGUGCAUCGGUAGCGUGCUGGCCGUAUACUUGCUACAGCUCCUACAGCGAGUCUUUCGGUAAAGCGUGUUUGGGUUCGAAGCGAAUGGCCCGGCUCGACGCAAGGUAGCUUCUGUCACUUGUCCUACUUCCCACCCCCCACCCUCCCCCUGCCCAACAAUCCAUGUAUCCCGUCCCUUAAGGACCUGGGCAGAAAGCACCAAACUCAAAACCCUUGGCGCAUAACAAUGAAAGACUCGCGUACGCGUACAUAAACCCAAUAUCCCGCUUUAAGCGCACCACGCUCGCCAUCUCGUUCUCUUAUAUCAGUUCCUUUACGAAUCAGUUCGAUCGCCGCCGCCGGUUCACUCGUCCUGUAAUGUAAUGUCACCACGUACGUACCUAUUGCCACGUCACGCCAGGCUAAAGCAAACAGCCCGAAACGAAAGUGGGAACUCCUUCAGGACUCUUCCCGAAAUGGGGUGCCCGAAUAUGUGCGACCUUGGUAGCCUGCACCCGUUGAGGGUACAGAACAAGAGCGGGUCGACUCUUGUGAUGCCUGAAGGACAUCGCCGCACCAGCACGCACCCGCUCCAUAUCCCGCUCCAUGUCCCGUGUUUGAAGGAUCCUUCGAAUCGGAUUCUUCAUCCGGUCUUCAAGUUCUUACACAUUUCAAAAGAAAAGCAUAGUAGACAUCUAGUGGAAAAGAUCUUCCCAAUUUUCGUUCUCUCACCUUCUCCUUUCACAAUUGCAACUCCAACCAACAACCAUUCCAGUCCAUUCGCUACUAUUCUAGUCCAUAUUUAGUUUUUUGGUUCGUUUUCUUCCCAUCUUUGUACAAAAAAGGGGAACAACCACACCACGAAUCUAUUAUACUCUUAUUUAUUCCCUUCAACAAAAACCCCGUAACAGCUGCACCGAAUCGAACCAUUCAGUAGAGCGUUUGUAGUUUAGUUUGUUUUCUUCCACACGAAGGAUUUUUCCUUUCUUAAAGUGUUUUCAUUUUACGUCUUUUCUUUUGCUACCACAAUUUGCUCCAGUUUUUUGUCUUAUUUUCCUUUAACUUAAAAAUUUUUCUACUCACUUUUGGUUGAGUUUUUAAGUAGUUAGAGAUAGAGUUUCGUCGUUUCAUUUUUCUAAAUCUACACUUCUAAAAUCUCUCCUACCUAAAAUCGGUUGCUGGUUUAUCGUACGCGUGUAGUGAUGUCGAUAUUUUCAUCUCAAAAGCUUUAACCAUUGCUCCAUGCUCUCACUAUAUCAAGUUACAUAGCUGAGCCCUUUCGAAGGCGUAAAUAGGCGUAAAUGGAAUCCCCUUUUUGCCCGCACUCUAAGCAAUGGGAAUCAUCUCGGGGUUUUUUUCUGGUUUGGUUUUUUUGUAUCUUAGCUUUAAGAUAUAUAGCGUCCAAGACGUCCACGAAGGAAUUUAGUAGCUGUAUAUGAUCGACGAUCUUAAGCGCAUCGUCCCGACCAAAAGUAAACCCCCCCUCUGCAACACAACACAUCGUCAUUAGCAAAACCCGAACAAUUUUCCGGGAAAAAAGUAGAUUAGAUAGGAACCCCUUAAGAAACAAAAAACGAACAUCCAUUUUGAAAUCAUUCGAUACGCCACCCGUAGCAUCUAUAUUAUUCUACCCUCAGUGCUGGAAGUUCCGUGGGAAAUGGAUGGUUUUCCAUAUCGAGUGUGGUAGUAAAAAAAA